AUAUUUUCAAGGCCAUCGGCCAUUAGAGACCCAAUCGGCUUCAACUUGAAUUUAGUCUGGGUUCAACGGUCACACGGAAAGGGGCUUCCCAAUAAAGCUCUGAAAAGAGCUGAAAUUUAAUCGUCACUUUUGGUAGGUCUAUCAGAUAAGAAAUGCAGCAGGAACGCUCUGCACGCCUAUCUACGCACCGUGAUACACUGGCAUCUCUGUCGUCAGCUUCUACUAGCCAGAAUGGAAAGAAAAGAAAAAUUUCCCAAGGGCAACAUCAACAAGUAAUUGGUCAAAUUUCCAAUAAAAAAAUCAAAGCUGAUGGAAAUGGCUUUGCUGAUGAUGAACAGGCUCCAUGGGCAAAUUUUCAACCACUCAUUUCGUUUAUUAGCUCGCCACGCAAGAUGAGCUGGAUGUUGCAAAAAACGUAUGCCGAAACAAGAGAAAACCGAAGAAAGAUCAAUGAAAUGCAGGAAGCCACACGCGUAAAGGAAUCUGCCGAAGACUACCAUGAACAAUUUGGUGAUUGCUGGAACUAUAGGCCAAAAUCUAAACAACUUCCAAAAUAUCCAUUGUUCACCAUGGGUUCAUUGGAAGAGGUGGAAAGGGAAUUGUGUACAGAACCAAAUGCUGGCUUGCGUUUAAUGAAUUAUGAGCUGCUACUUUUACCUCAUCCUGAUGCACAGCAAUUCUUAUUCAACAUUCUUAAUUUCUUGAUGAAUGUGGAUCUGGCCAUUGAGUUUACUUAUACUGGGAAAGUAACUCAAAAUAGUUUUAAAACUCUUCAUUUAUGUGAAGUUGUUAAAAAAGCAGUAAAGAAGAAAUUUCCCAGCACCGAAGAAUCAUUCUUUGCAGAUCGUAUUGCCAAUUGGUUGUCGAAUUGCAAAAAAAAAUACUCGAAACGAAAGAACAAGCAAAACAAACAAUUUUAAAAUUUGGUUUUACAUUUGAUUUUAAUACUUCUACUGGUUUAAUUACGUUUCAUUAUCGUUUUCAACCGAGUUAAAAGAAAAUACAAUUCUUUUUAUAAA